CUGCGUGUACGCCCCGCUGCUGAGAGCGAGUGGCUUACAUGCGGUGCGGGCAGCCGUGUGUCUGCAUGUGGGAAGUACGCAGACCUCUGCCGCCAGCGUACCGCAAGAACAGCAACAACCAAUGCUACUACUACUACUGUUAAUACUGGACAGCCAAAGGCGGUGAUGGUCGACACAGGAAGUGCUGGAAGUAGUACUACGGACACACAUUAUGUCUUUGCACCAAUAAAAGGCACAGAUCCCACUUAUUUUCCUGGUGAUUGGGAUCGUGUUUAUCCUAUUCCACCUGAGUCACCACCACCACCAACACCACCUUCACGUAAUUCUGAAAGCACAAAAUACAGUCUUGAGGACGAGCCACAAUCUCAAAAUUAUGGCGAGGCACACCUUCCACAGGUUGGAGCUGCAGGGAAGAUAACAUCAUCGUCUUCUAAUUUAGGUGAUGGUGGGACAGGUACAACAUUAACAGGAGUCGAUACGACGACAGGACAAAACCAACUUCAAGGUUCUAAUACAGUUAAACACGUUAACGAAGCAGCUUCGAAUAACACAGGUGAUAAUACCACACCAGUCCACCACAAUCAAACAAAGCAUUCUACUACAGAGCCGGCCACGAUUACUACAGCAGAUUCAGAGGUGAAUGACGCUUUUGCAGCUCCACUUAUAACUGCUACAUCGAGUUCAGAAGAAAAAGGCAACGCUGAUUCAACGUCCACCACCAACUCUACUCCUACCGAGCAAGCAUCUCCUGCAGAGGCAAGUACGACUAACGCAACAGCUUCACAAGAGAAUGGUAAUGCUGAUUCAACAGCCACCACCACUAAUACUAGCACAGAAGCACCAACUACCACUCCAUCUCCUGUUCCCGUUAAUGUGACUGCCGCAGAAUCACAAGUAACCAAUUCCACUACUCAGCCGAGCACCGAGAACACUACCAAAGAAGCACCAACCACCACUCCAUCUCCUGUUCCUUUACCCAACACAGAGAUCAGCAACAACAUCACUUCCACCGUACAGAACAAGGCCAAUGUUGACAGCAGCAGUGUCAGUCCUGUGUGGAUGCGCAAUGCAGCACCGCUGGUGAUUGUGGCUGUGUUGGUCUCCGCUACUGUGUACUGA